CGAGCCCCUAUAUAAACACAAGGAGACGAAUUAAAUCGAACAAAAUUUUACAAAAUGAAGUCGCUAGUGGUUGCUGUUGUGUUUCUACUACACAUCGCUCUCUGCGGCAGCGAUGAUAUUGAUGCCAGAAUGCGAUUUUAUUUCAGCUCGUUUGAAAACUUUAAGGAAUUGCCUUUAGGUGAAGCUCACGACAUUAUGUCUACAGAGUGGUACAAUGACACUCGCAGCACUGUCGUGUUUUGCCAUGGUUUUACUGGUAAUCCCAAUGGGCCGGCCGUAACGGGCGUAGUACGAGCGUAUCUGGAGCGAGGUGAAAGUAAUGUGGCACUUCUCAAUUGGGAGCAUUUGGCAGCCGACACUAUGUCCAGCUUCACUAGCUCUUACGUAAAAUGGGCUGCACCUAAUGCCAGACAGCUUGGAGUUAGGUUCGCGGAGACAGUAGCCAAUCUCUCGGACGCCGGAAUGAACCUUAGCAAUCUAGUUUUAAUUGGACAUUCCCUUGGCGCCCACAUCUUUGGAAUCACAGGAAAUAAUUUGAGGUUAAGUGGAAUUCUUUUGCCAAGUAUUAUAGGUCUAGAUCCAGCUGCAGUUGGGUUUGAAAAUAAGCCGGCUGUCUUACGACUUAACUCUGAAUCAGCUAGCCUUGUUACUGUAGUACACACAGAUCCGAGUAAAUAUGGAUGUAGGGCUGCCAUAGGUACUAUUGAUUUCUGGCCAAAUUUUAGACAUCUGGGACCUGUCAGGCAACCCGGCUGUGACAAUGGACCUCCUUUUUCGGAGGAAGAUUUAUGCAACCACCAUCGUAGUUGGCAAUUACUAGUUGAUUCAAUAAAGUUUCCGGGAACCAUAAUCGGUUCUUACGCAAGAAAUUAUAGAAUUUGGAAAAGAUACUCGCAGAAAGAAAGAAAUGCCAUCACUCUUUCAUUGGAAUCACUACAGCAAAACGCAAAACCAGGCAACUAUUACCUCGUAACAAAUUCUGAAUCGCCGUAUGGAUUGGGAUUGGCUGGAUUAUGACACCAUUUACGUUAUUUAUGUUACCAUUCAACUAUUUGUCCAUAUUUGUUCAAAUAAAUGAAAAAAAAAACA